CAUUCGUAUGAUACUAUUUUCAGUGUUGAAAUAGUAAAUUGAGCACUACAAAUUAUUUCUUUUAAAGUUAAAUAAAUCAGACAGAACAAACAAAGAGGAAAAAGUCCAAUAUCCGUGUUUAGGCGCGAAAACACUUUGACAGUAGCGCCAAAAAAAUGGCGCCUACAAAUAGAAAUAAAAUAAUUUCUUUUUCUGAAUUUCCCUUUUCCAAAUUUUAUGCUAAGUUAAUAUAAAAUUAAUUCUAAGAUUUUAUAUAUAUAUGAGUCUGCAUCUCUGAGCCUGACAAAAGUUCGUACUUUUCAUAUGAAAUCAAAUCACAGAAUCAUUAAGUACAGUGUACAAAGUCAAAUUAAACAGUGUACAAACGACAAUUAUAUAAAUAUGGAAUCAGUAAAUAGCAAAGCAUGUCAUUUUCUAACAAAAAAUGAAUUUGAGAAAAGUUAUAAUGUCUACUACACAGCAAGGGAAAUCUUGUGCUGUAUUUCAAGAUUUUCUUUUUCGUAAAGUUCAUCAAAAUAAAAAUUCAAGUGUUUUAUUUAAAUGUACAAUAAACAAAUGUUCAGCAUACAUAACAGUUGAUACCAGCAACAACGUGUAUUAAUAACAACAUAUAUUUCCGGAAAAUUUGAUAUCUAAUUUUCGAAUUUAUAUGAUACCAUCGGUGUACGUCCACGUACUAAUAAUCAUGUUGAAGGAUGGUAUCGUGCUCAACAUUCGUAAGUGUUUUCAUUCGAAUAUUACGGAACGCAGGAAAAUGCUAACAGCUGCUAUUGUUUCUACUUUAGGAAAUUAUCAACUCAUCCGAAUAUAUGGAUGUGGGUGAAAAAUAUACAAAAAGAAGAGGAAGAUCCACGUUAAAACGUGAACAAGAACUUUUUCAAGGCUUACCUUCCAAAAAAAUAGCAAAAUCUAAUAUAAUUCAUGAAGAACAGCUUAUUGCAGCUAAACAACGAUAUGAAAUAAAAAAAGAUAUUGAAAGUUAUAAACGUUCAACACGAAGAAAAGCUUACUGUUUUUUACAUGAACAUGCAAAAUUAAAUAAUGAUACUGAUUCUAAUUGA